AUGUCGAUGCAGAGCUCCAAGGUCGCGCUCGACCGUCUGCGCAUCUUAAACCCGGUCGCUCGAGCGUUUGCGCUUGGAUAUCUCACUACUACGCUGCCGAAACUUAUCUCUCUUUUGAAAACUCUGCGGCGGAGAGAUGUCAGCACCGCAGAAAAGCUGCAGCGCUUGAUCCGCAUCUUGCACUGCGGGUUUAAAUGGGACCGCUUUCCAGUUUUCUGCGCUCUGUUGGCGGGGGGCUCCUCCAUCCUACCUCGUGCCCUGGAAGUUGUCAGAUUAAGAUUCGCCUCCAGUGGGUAUCUCCAAUCCCUGCCCACACCUCUCAGCAUUCCGCUUUCGUCAGACCGGCCGUUGCGGUUCCUAGCGGCCUUCUUGUCCGCCCUGAUCUGCUUUCCCAUCCUCAAUCGCACAACAAAACAUCCGUACGGCCGGUCUGCGGGAUGUGACGAGCGCGUUUCCUCCUAUCAGCCCAGUGUGGCCAAGAAGAAUCAGGACAACGGCAACGGCAGCCAGAACAACAUCAACAACAGACCCGACCUUGCUGGCCGUACUCUAGACUUGACUCUCUUUGCGACAACUAGAGCUGCAGACGCUCUAGUUAACGUUCUAUGGUCUCGUUGGAAAGCUUCUUCUCGCGCCCAGGGCAAUGGCAAUGGCAAGGCCGGGCAACGGGUACGCUCCCUUGCUCCCAAACUCGCAGACACUGGCGUCUUCGCUAUCAGUUCCGCUAUCGUGAUGUGGGCCUGGUUCUACCUCCCUGACCGCCUCCCUUACUCCUACGGCAAAUGGAUUAGCGAAGCAGCCCAACUCGACAACCGCAUUCUCGAAGCUCUCCGUACUGCCCGCAGAGGCGACUGGACCUACGGCCGCGACAACGGUGAUCAAGUGGUCCUCGAAUCGAUGUGUGUCGACUACGGCUGGCCAAUAGAAUGGGGGACUCCUGAAAAGACAGUUCCUAUCCCCUGCGAGAUAGUCCACAUGGGCUGUGGUCCCAACUGUGAAAAGACCGCCGUCUGGCGAUUCGCUAGAGCGUUCAAGUUUGCUUGCGCCACUUACCUCCCUCUCCAGAUCGUGAUGCGCUGUAGAUCCCGCAAUCUGAAAACGUACAUCCAUGCUACCAAGAGCGCGCUACGUUCAUCUACUUUUCUCGGCCUUUUUGUUAGCUUGUUUUAUUAUUCGGUAUGUUUGGCGCGAACAAGGCUGGGGCCUAGGCUGUUUAGCUCAAAGACAGUUACGCCAAUGAUGUGGGAUUCUGGUCUCUGCAUUGCUGCAGGUUGCGCCAUGUGUGGAUGGAGCAUCUUCGUUGAAUCGACAGGGAGAAGGCAGGAGAUCAGCUUGUUUGUUGCUCCCAGAGCGUUGGCUACAUUGCUUCCUAGGGAGUACGAUAGAAAGUAUCAAUGGAGAGAGAGGCUGGCUUUCUCUCUCAGUACCGCUAUCCUCGUUGCUUGCAUACAUGAAAACCCAAAACUGGUUCGUGGCGUAUUCGGCAAGUUCCUCGCUCGCGUGUUCAAGACAUGA